AUUCCUAUUCCUCUACAGCCGCGCUGUGCACUGGCUAGAAUCUUCUAGAAGUGUGGCUGUUCGUGCUGGUGCCUGCCUCUCCAUGCACGGAUUCUUAUCUUCACUCAGAACAGUGCUCUAGAUGGAUCAACCUCCUAUCCGGUGCUUUCAAGGAGGCGGGAGCUGUCAGCCCCUGCGGGGACUCAUUUAGAAUAGAAUAUUCUGUGAUUGUGGCCGUUAAAUGGAACAUGACGUCAUGACGCCAGGGUGGCCCUCCGGCCGGAGCGGCGGUCACAGCGCCGGGCGUGACGUCAACAUACUGCGCCCCUGUGGGAGGAAAGCCCGUCGAGCAGCGCCGGCCGGAAGGGGAGGGACGCCUGGCCUGGUUUCUGGGCGACUCAACCCUGCCGGCGGCGGCAUCAUCGUCAGUUUUCCGUGUUUCCUUCCUGAAGUGCAAGCGUGGCGGUUAUGCCUUGGAUACUCUCGGCAACUAAGCUUGUUCCCGCGGUAGCAAGCGCCCGCAGCCUCUCAGGAUGCAUGUCAUGUUCACAGCGAAGGUACUCCCUGCAGCCCAUCCCAGAGAGGAGGAUUCCAAACCGAUACUUAGGCCAGCCCAGCCCCUUUACACACCCACACCUCCUCAGACCAGGGGAGGUGACGCCAGGACUAUCCCAGGUGGAAUAUGCACUUCGCAGACACAAACUAAUAUCUCUGAUCCACAAGGAAGCACAAGGGCAGAGUGGUACAGACCACACAGUGGUACUGCUGUCCAACCCUACAUACUAUAUGAGCAAUGAUAUCCCCUAUACGUUCCACCAAGACAACAAUUUCCUGUACCUGUGUGGAUUCCAAGAGCCUGAUAGCAUUCUGGUCCUUCAAAGCCUCCCCGGCAAGCAGUUACCAGCACACAAGGCCAUACUUUUUGUGCCUCAGAGAGAUCCCAGUCGAGAACUUUGGGAUGGCCCCCGAUCUGGUACUGAUGGAGCAAUAGCUCUAACUGGAGUGGAUGAAGCCUAUACGCUGGAAGAAUUUCAACAUCUUGUACCAAAACUGAAAGCCGAGACACAUACACUGUGGUAUGACUGGAUGAGGCCCCCUCACAUUCAGCUCCACUGUGACUACAUGCAGCAGUUGACAGAGGUCAAAGCCAGGAGCAAGAACAAGGUUCGGGCUGUGCAGCGGCUGGUACAGCAUCUCAGGCUGAUCAAAUCUCCUGCAGAAAUUGAACGAAUGCAGAUUGCUGGGAAACUGACAUCACAGGCUUUCAUAGAGACCAUGUUUGCCAGUAAAGCUCCUGUAGAGGAAGGCUUUCUUUAUGCUAAGUUUGAAUUUGAAUGCCGGGCCCGUGGUGCAGACAUCUUAGCCUACCCACCUGUGGUUGCUGGAGGUAAUCGGUCAAACACUCUGCACUAUGUGAAGAACAAUCAACGCAUCAAGGAUGGGGAAAUGGUGCUGCUGGAUGGAGGUUGUGAGUCUUCUUGCUAUGUGAGUGACAUCACUCGUACCUGGCCUGUCAAUGGCAGGUUCACGGCACCUCAGGCAGAACUCUAUGAAGCUGUUCUAGAAGUCCAGAAAGAUUGUCUGACCCUCUGCUCCCCUGGAACAAGCUUGGAUAACAUCUACAGCAUGAUGCUAACACUGAUAGGACAGAAGCUUAAAGAGUUGGGGAUCGUGAAGAACAUUAAGGAAAAUAAUGCCUUCAAGGCUGCUCGAAAAUACUGCCCGCAUCAUGUUGGCCAUUACCUGGGGAUGGAUGUCCACGACACUCCAGACAUGCCCCGCUCCCUCCCUCUGCAGCCUGGUAUGGUAAUCACAGUGGAGCCAGGUAUUUAUAUUCCGGAGGAUGACAAAGACGCCCCUGAGAGGUUCCGUGGUCUUGGUGUACGAAUUGAGGAUGAUGUAGUGGUAACAGAGGACUCACCUCUCAUCCUUUCUGCAGAUUGUCCCAAAGAGAUGAAUGACAUCGAACAGAUAUGCAAUAGGGCCUCUUGACCCUCAGUGUGGCCCACAUGCAUCUUAGGUUCAGAAGGAGUGGACGUUGGCCUCUGUGCACGUGUGCUUUCUGGGGGUCUCUGUGUGGACAUUUAUACACGUGUUCCACUGGGGAGUGCAGCAGGUAUAUGAGUGUAUGUAGUUGUGUAUGUGGUCUUUUCUUGUUUUAUGUAGCUAGAAAUCUGGGAAAUUGAGUUUUUGGAUUGUAUGUUACUGCAACUUUAGUAACAUUAAUUCUGUAGAAUUAAUGACUCAGACAAGUUUAGUUUUCAGAUGUAAAGAAAGAUCUUGGUUACAUACCUCCACGCAUCCCAGUUAGCACAUGGAGAAAAUUUUCUGCUUCUCUCCAGGUCCUUCCCCUCUGCACUUUUCCUGAGAUCUACCUAAUAUCAUAAGAUUUUUGUGUAAUGCUUAUAUAUUUUGAGCCAAUCACCAAGGUCUUUCCCUACACUGAAAACCACCCAUCAGUGAUUGUGGGUGGCCAGUACAUACCUUCCAUAACACCUGCCUACCUAUCCAGGAGCCCAUGUAUCUACCGGAGCCAUGUGAGCCCUCAGGGCACUGGUGUCCUACAGUCACACCAUUCAGCCACAGUCCAGAUUCCAGCAACACUAGCUAUCGAACAAAACAUUUUUGAGCCUUUCUUGCUAUUUGGUUACCUGGGACCUGGAAGGUGUUUAGAUUCUUCAUAAGGAAGGAAAUGAAAGAGAAAGAAAAGUAUGUGUGUCUGCUGUAGAUCCAGACCGCCAUCCGUCUGUUCUCAGUCUAAAGUUGAUUCCUUUCCCAGACAUCCAUGCUUUCUUUAUAGAUUCUUAAUGCAUUGACCCUCAGCACACCCUUGAAGCUGCUUCCCUGGCCAAGGGCAGAUCCUCUACUUACCCUAUUAAAGUCAGAGGAAUGGCACCCAGUAUUCAGAGAGACACCCCAGUUAUUAUUCUGUGAUUUCCUCUAGUGCCAAUAAAAACAAAAUAUGCAACCCGCUCAGUACCUGUAAACACCCUGUGAUCCUUUCCUUCCUUGGACGUUAGCACUGGAAGGACAAUGGUAAAGACUCAUGUUUCCCUCAACACAGUGUUGGAUGCAAUUAUAUAAUACUCAGUUUGUGAAGUGAACAGGGCUAGACUGCUGCAGAUAGGUUAUUUGGGAGCUCCUAUCAUAGGGGAAAGCUUUAAGAACUAGUGUGUUCACCUCCUUUAAACCUGCAUAUGAGCUCAAGAUGUAUAAAACAUGCUGAUUAUUAGAACAUAAAUUCGAAAAAUUUUAAGAAAAUAUUUGCAUUAGGGAAGAACAGGCUAGGAGAUUAACACUCCUUGCAGUGCUAGAGGUUUGCCCAUCUUGUCAGAAAAACCCAAGGUACAGAGCCCAGAGCAGACAGGCAGUGACUUCAUCAGGAGACAAAGAUAAUGUUAGCGACCAAAGUGAUACAAAUUGUGUCCUGACAGUGCUCACCCGCAAAUGCUUGGCUGUGCUCAGCAGCUGUGGGAAUGGAUGGCUGCACAGCUGGAGUCAUCAUCCCUGCACCUGCCCUCCUCACCCCUCUCCAACUUCUCAGUCCUGUGCUUGUUACUUUCUAAGAGGGGACUAAAAAGAAACCCACAACUCUGGCUUCUCACUCCCUUGGCCUGUAUGGCCUCAACAACCUUUUUCUGGAAUUGGGUUACCUUUGUUCACUUACAAUCCUGGAAUAAGGAAUUUCCUUUUCUUCCUAUAAAUCAUUUUCUGUAGUCUUCAACUUUCUAGCUAAAAGCUUAGGCAGCUUUUAUGAAUAGCAGCCUACUUGGACAUGAAACAGACUUCUUCCAGCUGGACUCCUGGCAAGUUCUACAGGUGUUGCAAGUCACACGUAGAACGGCCGUUGUUUAAUUCUUCUGGUGAUUUAUAGUCCCUGACCCAGGCAUAUUGUCCUUUGAGUCCCCGAUUAACCACAGCAGCUAACAUUUGCAUCAGACUAUCAGAACCUUCAAGAAGUGACACAGUGUACAUCUCAGAGCAGCGGUUUAGGGACUGUCUGAUCUGUUCAGGAUUGGUUGAGCAGAUAAUUGUGCACAGUGCCGGAAUCUCAUUAAUUCUUAGCCUUACCACAGACAUGCCCCACAUUUCCCUCCUUGUUUCAGUAUAAUAAAUACUUCAUAUAUAUACACACCAAGCUCUCCUAAUGAAAACCUUAAUUUUUAAAAAAUGCUUCAAAUGUCACACUGAAAUUUUUCUCCCUGAAUUGAAGAGAUACAGCUAAAAUAUUAACAAUAAUCUAAAGGCAAGAAGUAUAUCUAGGGCUUCCCUGGUGGCGCAGUGGUUGAGAGUCCGCCUGCCGAUGCAGGGGACACAGGUUCGUGCCCCGGUCUGGGAAGAUCCCACAUGCGGCAGAGCAGCUGGGCCCGUGAGCCAUGGCUGCUGAGCCUGUGCAUCCGGAGCCUGUGCUCCACAACGGGAGAGGCCACAACAGUGAGAGGCCUGCGUACUGCAAAAAAAAAAAAAAAGUAUAUUUA